UGUCUAAGCCACAUCUUGGCAAUUUUAAUUUCUUGUGGGGAAACCCAUCCUUUGGUCGUCAGACCAAUUAGUGUUAGCUGAACGCUUAACGGUCAUCUAUUAGGACUGCAAACGCUAGUAUAGCCUAUCAUGCUAAAGUUAGCGUAUAGGUAGCACACUUGUUGGCCAAGUAGUUAAUACUAGCGUUAGCUUCCUAGCCGCCCCUGUUGUUACCCAUUUGAAGGGCACUUUUUACCCGGCACUGAGGGUAUAAAUACCGUUAUAUGGAAAAAACAGUGGGCUAAAAGUCGGCCUGUGGAUAUAUUUUAUGUUAACAGGAAGCAAUUAAGUGCCACCUUUUCAUUUCUGUAUCAAGUGCACCGGGAGAAGAGCAAGUUGCAUUAUUUUUCUAUCUCAUCUGGGCUCCCCUUACAGUCUUCUUCAGACACGACAUACGACAAAAAAGAACCGACGUAUCUUAAAAUGCUGUGAACAUUUCUCAGACUAAUACUAGAGUCUCAGAGGGGGUGAAGUUGUUUCAAAAUGAGCUGUGUACUGUUUUCGUUCCGCUAACACGGUCUCUCCUUUAACUUUAAACGGUGUAGUCUCUGCUCUCACCCUCCCUAUUAUUUCGGUGUUAUUUAAAUUUUCUGGUGGUACAAACAUUUCCACUAUGCUUCAGUUCAGUCACCUUCUUGUCCACCCUGCUGGCAGUGUAUUUUUACACAGACUAGUCGUACUUUGUGCACUAAUUCUCAAUAUUAAUUUCUGCCUGCGAGAGAUGGGAACAUUUCAGACUGUGUGAAGAGAUUAGCACGUCGUAGUUGUAUGGUACAACCUGGUGGUUCCUGUCUCUUCUGCUGACAUCUUCGGCACAUCCUCCUGCGGUGCAUGAGCACACCCGUGCCUUAUGCUGAUGUGAGCGCUGCCUCGCUCCCUCUCUGUUUUCCACCCUCUCCAUCCUCGCCCGUUGUGUUCCCCUGCCCUGUUAGCCCUGUGAGGCUCGCAAAAGCCUUAUAGCAAUGUGUGAUAACGGAGAUCCUGAGGAUAAACCCCCUGCGCCUCCAGUUAGAAUGAGCAGCACCAUCUUCAGCACCAGCUCUGGCAAAGACUCACUCUUGCCCAACCACAGCUCUAAACCACUGCCUUCUGUGCCUGAAGAGAGGAAACCUCGCAAUAAGAUCAUCUCAAUCUUUUCUGGGGCCGAAAAAGGUGGUAGAAAGAAAGACAAAGACAAAGAGCGACCAGAGAUCUCACCACCUUCAGAUUUUGAACACACCAUACACGUUGGGUUUGAUGCUGUCACAGGGGAAUUCACUGGUAUGCCAGAGCAGUGGGCUCGACUACUCCAGACCUCAAACAUCACCAAGUCAGAGCAGAAGAAAAACCCACAGGCUGUGCUUGACGUUCUUAAGUUCUAUGACUCUACAGGCAACGGUCGUCAGAAGUACCUCAGCUUCUCAUCUUCUGAAAAAGACACAUUCACUCCAGGGCCUCAGUCUCCUGUCAAAAAAGGCACUGAACCCUCAUCUCCGAAUAUCAAAGACAUUGAUGAUGAUGACGACGAUGAGACUCCUCCUCCUGUUGUGGCACCACGACCAGAACACACAAAGAGUGUGUAUACCCGCUCUGUUAUUGACCCCAUCCCUGCUCCGAGCACGUGUCCAGACGGAGAUGCUGCCUCCAAGGCUGCAGACAGACAGAAAAAGAAGGGAAAGAUGUCUGAUGAGGAGAUCAUGGACAAACUGAGAACCAUAGUCAGCAUUGGAGAUCCCAAGAAGAAGUACACCAGAUAUGAAAAAAUUGGUCAGGGGGCAUCAGGAACAGUAUUCACAGCCAUUGAUGUUGCCACAGGACAGGAGGUCGCCAUUAAACAGAUCAACCUACAAAAGCAGCCGAAGAAGGAGCUGAUCAUCAAUGAGAUUCUAGUGAUGAAGGAGUUGAAGAACCCCAACAUUGUCAACUUUCUAGACAGUUUCCUGAUGGGGGAGGAGCUGUUUGUGGUGAUGGAGUAUCUGGCUGGUGGCUCGCUGACAGAUGUGGUUACAGAGACCUGUAUGGAUGAGGCUCAGAUAGCUGCUGUCUGCCGAGAGUGCUUACAAGCAUUGGAUUUCCUACAUGCAAACCAAGUCAUCCACAGAGACAUCAAAAGUGACAAUGUGUUACUCGGGAUGGAUGGCUCCGUCAAGCUCACCGAUUUUGGCUUCUGUGCCCAGAUCACUCCAGAGCAGAGCAAACGCAGCACCAUGGUAGGCACGCCUUACUGGAUGGCUCCCGAAGUUGUGACCAGGAAGGCUUAUGGGCCUAAAGUAGACAUUUGGUCGCUGGGUAUUAUGGCCAUUGAGAUGGUUGAAGGAGAGCCUCCCUACCUGAAUGAGAACCCACUACGAGCGUUGUACCUGAUUGCCACGAACGGCACACCUGAGCUGCAGAAUCCUGAGAAGCUGUCUCCAGUUUUCAGAGAUUUCCUCAACCGUUGCCUCGAAAUGGAUGUAGAGAAAAGAGGCGGAGGCAAAGAGCUGCUGCAGCAUCCUUUCCUGAAGCUGGCGAAGCCCCUCUCCAGCCUUACACCUCUCAUCCUGGCAGCCAAGGAAGCCAUGAAGGGCAAUCGUUAGCUGAUGAAACUAGCGACUCUGCCUUCCCAUGCUGUGCACAGACAUGUGCCAACCAGUUAGAUUUCGUGCCAGACAAUAGGCUGAGAGUGACCUGCCACUCUUGAUGCACCAGCCUUACAAGCCCUGACAAACCUCACUGUGAAGAAGACCAAAAAUAUAGAGCACAACCCCACCGCUGUCCAUAUGAACUCUAUUCUCACUCAGAUGUCAGAAGACAAGUCAAACUAAAGUGCUUCAUUUCAGCGUCAGUCGUAGUUGUUUUGUACAACAAAUCUCCUGGUGACAAGUUAGGGCUAGGCUUGUAUUUAACUUGGAAUGAAGAAGAUGCCUAGUUCUGUUUAGUUUUUUUUAAUCAACUGCCUUAAACAAAUGCAAAAUGUUGCCUAAUGUAUUGUUGAUUGUGUCAAUGUCUCUCUUCCCAUGAUUUUUACUACCUUUGUAAUUUACCUUUUCAGCUUGUCAGUGUCUUAGUUAUUUUGAUACUUGAAUUUCAUAUUUGUUCCCCUUCUUGUUAUGUAAAGGGUCUCAUUCAAUGAAUACUCUUGCUAUUUCCACGUCGACUCAUGUUCUAUGGACAAUUUCUCUCAUCGGUUUUAUAGGAAACAUUUCAGUGCAUUCGUCAUCAUGAACGUGUGCUGUGAUAGUGUCUUUUUUCAAAUGCCACACCUGACAGACCUACUGUACCAGUUUUUCCCCUGUAUCAUUAGACUCCUGAUACCAGAGGUGCACCUUACAGGCAAAUUAAAAUGUUAGAAUGACAGGGUUUAUACUAUCUUCUAUUGUUGUUAUUAAAAAUGAGUAUUGUAUGUUGAACUCUGUCCUUUGUGUUCUUCUGGACUAAACAAAUGCGCUUUUCCCAUGUGUAUAUUGUGUACUUAGCGAUGAGUUUGACAAAAAAAAAACAAAAAAGUGGCCAUAUCAUACUGGUUAGCUGUCGAAGGCUGGUAAAGACAAUUUGUUGACUGUUUCUUUUUCUCUUCUGGAUGACUAACAACCUUGUCUGCGCACUUGAAAUAAAUGCAACUGUUCUUGCU